AUGGAGGAUCAUAAUUUCAAAAUGGAGGUGAUGACGAUUUUUAUGUGGAUAAAUGGAAAUUUAAUUUUGGCAUGUUGGAAUAGUGCAGAACCUAGGAGGGUUUAUUGGAGAGGAUACACUAAUGUGAAAGCAUCUGAAUUUCAAAACUCUAAUGUAAAGACACCUGAACAUUGGUACUCUAGUGUGAAGGCACCUUAA